CAGGAUAUUUGAUCGAAACAAGAAAAACCGAAGACAAUUAUAGUCUUCGUGAUAUGUCACCUGCCUCUUACCGAAUUCUUCACUUAUUUGUUCAUGCGAUUAUUGGUAUAUUGGCACCAUCACAAAUUGUUACCAAAUUUAUUAACAGUCAAACAAAUACAGAUGUAAAUAUUAUCGACAACGCUAUUUCAUAUUGUCAGCGACACGUCUGUAAUGACUGGACAGCUCUGAAAAAUAUUCUUGCGUGUGGAGACGAACAGUUAGCACUAACAUGUCAUUUCAUACUUUCGCGAAUGAAGCAGUCACCACUACAAGGAGUUGCAACGAAACUUAAAACUUCCGCUGAGCGAGAAGCUUGGGAGAAAAACUUCAGCACACAGUAUGUAUCACCCCUUGUCAAAAAUGUCAUUGGAUCUGCAGCAGAGUUUCGUAAGUUAAUAGAAACGAAAUCCGCAAGUGUUCAAAUCAAAAUGGAAUCAGAAAUUAAUGAAAUAAUGAAAGUCGACGAUGGUUACCGCAGAGCGAAUUUACCUCGAAUAUGGCGUCAAAUUGGAAUUCCCAACAUGGAUAGCUUCCGUGCAUAUUACUUGAACAAUCCUGAACACGUUAGACUAUUCCCGUUCUUGGAAAUUUUUUUAAAACAUGAAAAUUAUUUAAGUUUGGUUCAAUUUAUUUUUCCAAUUGUGAAAUUUGUUCAACUUUUAUCAUCAAGUCUCUCCUAUCGCUUGGAAAGGAAGAAAGCGCGUCAAAUGACUUUCAAAGAACUUUUAUCCAAGGAGUGUGACGAUCUCAACUCUGAUGGAUCUCGACGUUUAAUGAACGAGGCAUUUAAAGAAUUUUCUCAGGCAUGGAACAAGUUAAUUCCUUAUGUCAACAGAUAUAAAUGUCAGGACUUGGACAAACCACCAAAAAUGACGGAGAAUCUUUCUGUUGUUUACGGAUUAGUCGAACCGGUCAAUGAAUCAAUAUAUAUUUGUGCCAUCCUAGACUUUUUGGUUCAAAUACAGAACAAAUUCCUAAAGGAUGUUAUUGAAAUUCCUUCUGGUAAAUGCCAAUCUCUUAAAUUUUUGGAACAUCAUUUGGAUUCACAGGUUAUAUACCAUCUCAAAUCGAUAAAAUUAGAGACUGCGAAAACUAGACAUAUUGUCACAUACAAAGGCAUAACCGAAAUUUUCAAGUACAGUCAAUUUGAUCUAAGAAUAUGUCAUGGGCAAGAAAUUACUUAUGAUCUAUUUAAGAUUGAACUGGAACUUGCUCAUUCAUUAGUGUUUGAGAAGGCGCUCCUUGAACCUAAUGAACAAGAUCUGUACUUGGAACGAUUCUCAUAUCAUAAAGAAUUAUUCCAGGGUUCUAUGACUAUAUUGAGUGAAAUUAAAAAGUUUGUUGUCCAGGAAAGUAUUCAUGAAGAAAAGAAAUCACAAUUUAUUGAAAUGACAAAUCCUAAAGAAUUAUUGUCUAUAUUGGAAAUGAUUAUUUGCUUUUUGAAACGAACAUCUGGAGGGGAUCGUGAAAUACUGAUAAUCGAUUACGUGAAAAAAUGGAUGAAGCUCAUGGUUCUAAAAGAAGAUAAUGCAAGUUACGUUUUAUUAACAAGAUCAUGUUUGCAACUUAAACACAUAGUGGCACUAUAUGAAUUAGUUGAAGAACAUGUAGCAGAUGUAAUCGCAGCCUGUAUUCAUUCAAAAUACAAAGCAAAUAUGAGUUAUACAAUUGAAGAAGAAAUUAAAAAGGCUGUUAGUUUUGAUGACCAGCAGGAAAUCGAAAAUAGUAGUAGUAACAAUAAUGAGAAAAUUCCGGCAGAAGCAUUUGCAACUGCACUGAAGAGAUUCAUUUUAAGACACUUGUCUGUAGGUGAUAGUAUUAUUGAAACAGAUUCUCUUUCGGCUUAUCUUGUGCAAUAUGAAGCACUUGAGUGUUGGCCUGAUUCGGUUCAGAAAAGAACCAUCAAAUCCAAGUUCCCAAGAUCUCUAUUGAUUUCUCAUACUUUUGAGGCUUACACUUUUGUUAAGAGCGAACUUGAGAAACUCCAGUCUAAAAAACGACGUCAGGCAGAAGAACAAGAAGCUCUACGCAAAAAUUCUAAAACGAAAGGUAAAAAGAAAAAGAAAAGCGAAUUUAAUGACUUGUAG